AGCCUGCAUAUUUUAUUUACUCGUUUAUAUCAUAUAGAUUUUACAUAGUGCUGUUCAAGUGCAACUUUGAUAUUGUUCUGAUUCGGUCAGUUUCAAUGCCUGCGCAAAACAGUUGCUUACAACUGUUCGGAACUUUAAGUCGUCGACACUAAGUCUCCAGUCGGCUGUAUUUUGUAGUGACACGCCUUCAAAAUGGCUUCCGAUGAACAACCGGUCUGUCAGAUUUUCUCUUUCCAGGACUGUAAAACCUCUCCCGAUCCGAUUUUUGAACUCCCUGCCCAAUGUCUGACCUCUACACCGGUUCCAAUAGUGAUAGACAACGGCUCCUUUCAGACACGGGCCGGGUGGGCGGCUGCAGAACUUCAUUCUCCGCGGCUGCUCUUCAGGUCGGUGGCGGCACGCAGCAGAGGGGCUGCCCGCAGCGAGACGCAGAUCGGUAACGACAUCCCGAAUCUGGAGCCACUGCGAUGGCUGCUGAAGAGCCAGUUCGACCGAAACGUGGUAGUCAACUUCGAGAUCCAGGAGCUCAUCUUUGACUAUGUGUUUACACACCUGGGCAUCGCCUCAGAGGGCAGUGUGGAUCACCCCAUCGUGCUCACAGAGGCACCCUGUAACCCACUGCACUGUCGGCAGAUGAUGUCAGAGUUGCUGUUUGAGUGCUACCGUGUCCCAUAUGUCUCCUAUGGCGUGGACAGCUUGUACAGUUUCUACCACAAUAACACUCUCAGGAACAUCCAGCCACCACACACUGGCAUUGUUCUGUCCUCAGGAUACCACUGUUCACACAUCCUGCCAGUUAUCAACGGCAGAUUGGAUGCGUUGAACUGUAAGCGUGUUAAUGUGGCUGGGAGUCAGGCAGCGUCCUACCUGCAGCGCCUCCUUCAGCUGAAAUACCCAGGUCACCUUGCUGCCAUCACACUCAGUCGCAUGGAAGAACUGCUGCAUGAACACAGUUACACUGCUGUGGAUUAUCAUGAAGAGCUGGAAAAGUGGCGCAGCCCAGAGUUUUAUGAACGGGAGGUUCACCGUAUGCAACUUCCCUUCUCAGGAAAGUUGCCAGGUGGCUGUGUGAGUGUGGAGGAGAGGCAGGAGAGACGAGCUCAGCAGCUUCGACGGCUUCAGGAGAUCAAUGCUCGACGCCGAGAGGAGAAGCUGCUGCAGGACCAAGAGAGGCUGGACAGACUUAUGGCAGUACAGGAGCUGCUGGAGGACGGCUUGCUGGAUCAAUUUCAUAAGAGCCUGGUGGAGUUUAACAUGGACUCAGCUGAGGAGCUGCAGUCCUACAUCAACAAAUUGCAGUUGGCUGUGGAGCAGGGAAGACAGAAACUGCUGCACAGUGACGGGGCAGAGGGCAAGACAGAGGUUCCUGAGCUGGAGCAGCCGAUAGACGAGGGAGAUGGAGUGGCACUAAUGGAUCCUGACUUCCCUGAGGACACUCUGCCAGAAAAAACUGCUAAUGUUGUUCAGCCUAUGUUCAACAUGGCGGAGUACCACCAGCUGUUUGUAGGAACAGAGCGUCUGCGGUGCCCAGAGAUCCUGUUCCAGCCCUCGCUGACUGGAGAGGAUCAGAUGGGACUGAUGGAGACACUGCAAUAUGUCCUGGCCAGGUACACUCCAGAGCAGCAGGAGGUGCUGGUGAGAAAUGUGUUUCUGACAGGAGGGAACAUGCAGUACUCUGGGAUGAAGGAGCGAGUAGAGCGAGAACUUCUGGCUAUGAGGCCUUUCCAGUCACAUUUCAAGGUGACUAUGGCAUUGCAGCCGGCCCUUGACGCCUGGUAUGGGGCAAGGGACUGGGCCUUGGAGCAUCCACCUGGAGGAGUGGGAGGAGCAGCAGAGGGAUGGAUCAGCAGGCAGGACUACGAGGAGAAAGGAGGCGAGUAUCUGAGUGAGCACUGUGCCUCCAACAUCUUCAUUCCUAUGAAGAUUGCCAAAGCAGUUCCUGCUCGGCCCACCGAGCCCUUGCUCACUACGCUAGCAUCAACAGGAGCUCCUCCUCCUGUUACCAUGGUUACGUCUGCCCUGACUCCCUCCUGCUCCACUGUUGCAGCUGAUGUUCCUGUGGUUACCUUUUAAACUGAGCUCUUAAACAUCAUAAGUUUGAUGUUCAGUGAACUCCAGACGUUAUUUUGCAAUGAAGGUUUUUUUUGCCACUUUCAUUCUGUUUAACCUGACUGGUUCUCUACGUCACUCUGUGAUCUCUAACAUUUCCCAGCGUGCCUUUCAGGAACCUCCAGACAAUUGUGAACUUGUAGCACUCAGUCAGAGGUAAAGAAGACUGUGCUCUUUGAUUCAGAAAGACUGAAAAGAGAACUUUAUACUUAUCAACUUUAACAGUGGAAUGUCUAUUGGGAAUAUUUUUUGUAUUAUGUAAAUAGAAUUUUUGUGUUUGUAAAAAUAUAUUUUCACAGAUGGAAGCAGAUGUUUGCUUUUGAUAGAAUAACUGGUCGAGAAGAAUGUCUGGCAGCUGUCGGAUGCUGCUGGAUACAGAUGAACAAACAUCCAGCGUUGCAUUUUAAUCACUUCCUUCUUUGGUCCUCUCUUUUUUCUUUCUCACUACACCUCACUUUUAAAUCAGAUAAAGGGUGAGUUCAAUUAAAUCACACAACAAAACCAUUUCUCAAUUACCUUUAGUUGUAUCUAUGGAUACAACUAAAGGUAAUUGCUGGAUUGGCUUUAUUUGUCCAUGUUUUAUCUGUUUUCAUUCUUCAUAACUGUUUAAAUUCCACAGGAUUAAAGCUACUGACAAUAUUUUCCAUUUCCAGUUAUCAAAUUGGUUGAUUAUAAUUUAGAUGAAUUAAUUGUGUAACCUAUAAAGUUUAGUUUAGUUCAUACACAUUACUGAUUAUCAGAGCUGUAGAUGUCUUCACAUUGCUUGCUUUGUCUGACCGUCAGUCCGUACCCUCAAGAUUCUUUCAUUUGGGACCAGAUUUUUAGUUUAUGUAUAAAACAGAGAAAAUUCAGAUUAAUAGUAGCUGAGAACAUGUUUUUAUUGAUUUGGGUGAACUGACCCUUUAAAUGCAGCUUCUACACUUAGGUGCUACAGUAUAGUGUUGCACCACUAGAUGGCAGAGAUGAACACAAGAUGUAGUCAUUCUGCAUUGAUUUCCUGCAGUGAUAUCUCAAAUCAGCUUUAUUGGCCAGGUGUGUUGGACACAUGAGGAGUUUGACUCUGGUACAGUGGCUGUCAGUGUGCAUGUAUAAUUUUCUUCUUCCAUAAGGAAAUGAGUAGACAAGUAAACAAGACAGAGAACAAAAAAGCAAAGAAAAUGUGCAA